AUGCAGACUGAUUCUACAAACAUUUGUGAAAGACUGUGCAAUAAGUCCAUCCGUGACAUUUCCUUGCUAAUAAAUAUUCCACGGUCAAAUGUUAGUGGUGUUAUAACAAAGUGGAAGCAACUGGGAACAACAGCAACUCAGCCACAAAGUGAUAGGUCACGUGAAAUGACAGAGCGAGGUCAGCGCAUGCUGAAGCGUACAGUGCGCAGAAGUCGCCAACUGUCUGCAGAGUUAAUAUCUAAAGACCUCCAAACUUCUUGUGGCCUUCAGAUUAGCACACCAACAGUGCAUAGAGAGCUUUAUGGAAUGGGUUUCCAUGACCGAGCAGCUGCAUCCAAG